UAGGCCUAGCACUCGGUCGUGUCGUCCCAUCCUUCGGUGCGGUGGACCUCUUUAUUAAUUAAGAUUAUUUUUUUUUCUUCUCUCAACCCGAUUGUUCCCUCAUCGGUCGGCGCCGGGAGGAAGGAUCCGGUUCUGUCAGUGACUUCAAAUUGGAAAAUAGAGCCCGGGACCAGCGAUCCUUCCUUCCCGUGGAUAAGAAAAACACCUGCUGCCGCCUUUACUCGACGAUGGUGUGAAUGGUGCCUACUCCGCAGCGAGCCCUAGCAGCGAAAUCAGCGUCACUGUGCCUCGGGAACCGGACGACUGCCGUGUUACACCCACCUCUCGUGUUUGCUGGUCUUUCCAGUGUGCACCCUUUGAGACGGUGCCGUCUCGUCUAGUAAAGCAGUACGAGACGUGGCUCAUCGGAUAUGUGAUUGCGCGGCUGCACGCUGUGACCUCGGCUUUGCCCCGGCGGGGGUUCAGCACAGCCUGUGCCGCCGUUCUAGACAACAACCCGUCGCGUGGCCUUUUUCCUUUUUGUGCUUCACACUUCCCUAGUGCUCCGAGGCAAGAACGGUUAACGAGUUCGGUCAAAAAUGGCGGACGCAGACCCCGAAACACUGCUCGAAUGGCUCAACAUGGGUCAAGGAGACGAGCGGGACAUGCAGCUCAUAGCCCUGGAACAACUCUGCAUGCUACUGCUCAUGUCUGACAACGUGGACCGCUGCUUCGAAAGUUGUCCACCCCGCACGUUCCUCCCGGCACUAUGUCGCAUAUUCCUCGACGAGGGUGCGCCUGACAAUGUGCUUGAGGUCACGGCCCGGGCCAUCACCUACUACCUUGACGUGUCGGCCGAGUGCACCCGCCGCAUCGUGGCCGUCGAUGGCGCCGUCAAGGCCAUGUGCAACCGCCUCGUGGUUGCUGAUGUGUCCUCGCGCACCAGCAAGGACCUCGCCGAACAGUGCGUCAAAGUGCUGGAGCUGAUCUGCACCCGGGAAGCAGGUGCCGUCUUUGAAGCUGGUGGCCUUCAAUGCGUGCUGUCCUUCAUCCGGGACAAGGGCUCCCUGGUCCACAAGGACACGCUGCACUCGGCCAUGGCCGUGGUGUCCAGGCUGUGCGGCAAGGUGGACACCAGCGAUGCCUGUCUUCCGGCCUGCGUCGAGGCCCUUUCCCUCCUGCUCAGACACGAGGACACACACGUGUCCGAUGGCGCCCUCCGGUGCUUUGCCUCUCUGGCCGAUCGGUUCAUGCGGAGGUCCUUGGACCCUGCACCCUUGGCCGAGCACGGCUUGGUCCAACAGCUUUUGGGACGCAUGGCUCACGCUGCGGCGCCGGCGUCCUCGCUGCUGGCACCUCCGUCAGGCGGUGGCACGCAGAGUGGUGGCACGCCAGCACCGGCACCCACACCGGCCGAGCCAAAAUCUUCACCGACAGUGUCCACCAUCAUUAGCCUGCUGUCUACGCUAUGCAGAGGCUCACCAGCCAUCACACAUGAUCUCCUGAGGUCAGAGCUUCCCGAUGCCAUUGAGUCGGCCCUUCAAGGAGAUGAACGGUGCGUCCUGGACACAAUGCGCCUGGUGGACCUUCUCUUGGUGCUGCUGUUCGAGGGUCGUAAGGCGCUGCCGAAAGCCGGUGUGGCCUCUGUCUCCACGCGGCUGAGCUCCCUCCGCAGGGUGGACAGUGCUGGGGGCGAGCGAACGCACCGGCAACUCAUCGACUGCAUCCGCAGCAAAGACACUGAUGCCCUCGUGGACGCCAUCGACUCGGGCGGCAUCGAGGUGAACUUCAUGGACGACGUGGGCCAGACCCUGCUCAACUGGGCCUCGGCCUUUGGGACCCAGGAGAUGGUGGAGUUUCUUUGCGACAGGGGCGCUGACGUCAACAAGGGCCAGCGCUCCUCGUCUCUACACUAUGCCGCUUGCUUUGGCCGCCCUGGUGUGGCCAAGGUUCUUCUUCGGCACGGUGCCAACCCCGACCUGCGCGACGAGGACGGGAAGACGCCCCUGGACAAGGCACGCGAGAGGAACGACGAGGGCCACCGGGAAGUGGCUGCCAUUCUGCAGUCUCCCGGCGAGUGGAUGUGCCCAGUGGGGGAGUCACCCGGAGAGAAGAGGUCGUGCGGGGGAGGGGCCUCGUCGUCUGGAGCCAGCGGGGCCACGCCCGGCGAGCCGGAGGACGAUGGCGAGCCCAAGGGGGACCCUGAGAUGGCGCCCGUCUACCUGCGGCGGCUGCUGCCUAUCUUCUGCCUCACCUUCCAGCACACCCUCAUCCGCUCUGUGAGGAAGUCCAGCCUGAACCUGAUCAGGAAGAUGCUGCACUACAUCCAGCCAUCGCUACUCAACGACAUGGGCAACACCGAAAAGGGCGUGCCAAACUUCGCAUCUCUCGUAGUCGAGGUUCUUGCCAGUGUCCUCGACUCGGAGGAGGACGAGGACAGCCUCCUGAUCUGCCUGCAGAUGAUCCAGGAGGUGAUGACCAAGGCACCGGCCAUCUUCCUCGAGCACUUUGCUCGCCUGGGUGUCUUCUCCAAGGUGCAGGCGCUGGCUGGAGGAGGGGCCGCUCUGUCGGCCGAGCACUCCUCGGAUGAGGCAACGCCGUCCUCUGCAGUGCGAGGAGUCACCCGUGAGGAAGUGACCCCGGAGCCACCGGCGAGUGCGGCCCAGGAGGAGGAGUCCCAGCCUGCGCAGGCCCAGCAGCCCACUGCCCAGGAGGACGCGCGGGAGAUCGUGGCGGGCCGGCCGUACCACUGGCGCGACUGGAGCCUGGUGCGGGGCCGCGACUGCCUCUACCUGUGGAGCGAGGCGGCCGCCCUGGAGCUCUCCCACGGCUCCAACGGAUGGUUCCGCUUCAUCCUCGACGGCAAGCUGGCCACCAUGUACUCGAGCGGCAGCCCCGAGGGUGGCUCCGACUCCUCCGAGAACCGGGGCGAGUUCCUCGAGAAGCUCCAGAGGGCACGCACCCUGGUGAAGCCGCAUACCCCAAGUCAGCCCCUGCUCUCGAGCCCCAGCGCACUGCGUCUGGUAGUGGGCAACUGGUCGCUCUCGUGUCGGCGGGAGGGGGAGCUGGCCAUCCACAACUCGGACGGUCAGCAGCAGGCCACCCUGCUGCGCGAGGACCUGCCGGGCUUCAUCUUCGAGUCCAACCGGGGCACCCGGCACUCCUUCACAGCCGAGACCUCCCUGGGACCAGAGUUCGCCGCGGGCUGGGCGGGUCGCCGCGGAAGGCGCCUCCGCUCCAAGAUGGAGGCACUCAAGCAGAAAGUGCGGGUGCAGGCGCGUGACAUCUACAACGCCCACUUCCGAAGUGCCCAGGCACAGCCCCGGGUGGUGGUCACCAGGCUGUGCAAGAUCGUGGACCAGAUCGACCGUGCCUGUCAGAAACAGCUCUCCAGCUGGCAGGAGCCGCACUCGGACUGGGGUCGUCAGCUGCGGCUGGCCCUCCAAGAACUGGUGCAGCUCCUGCAGGACGACCGGGCCGUGUCGGCCUACGAGCUCCACAGCAGCGGGCUGGUCCAGGCACUGCUUCGCCUCCUCGGAAAGAGCGGCCUGGAAGGAAGCAAUGGCCACCUGGCUUGGCGAGCCAACCGCCUCCUCAAGGACAGAGUGCACAUCUUCAAGAACUGCUUCCACGACAAGCCUUAUGGCAACGAGAACCGUUCGCCAUUUGUGACCCUGCUGCGUAAACUAGUCAUGGUGCUGGAGUCUAUAGAGAAACUGCCAGUCUACCUGUACGACACGCCCGGUUCUGGCUACGGUCUCCAGGUGCUGACGCGGCGGCUUCGGUUCCGCCUGGAGCGUGCGCCGGCCGAGACGUCGCUGAUCGACCGAACAGGACGGGGCCUGAAGAUGGAACCACUGACCACGGUCGGUCAGCUCGAGAAGUAUUUGGUCAAAAUGGUGGCAAAGCAGUGGUACGACUACGACCGCUCCACGUUCAACUUUGUCAAGCGCCUCAAGGAACCCGGGGCACGCUUUGUCUUCAACCAUGUUCGAGACUUUGAUGAGAACGGUCUCAUCUACUGGAUUGGAACCAAUGGGAAGAUGUCAUCCGAGUGGGUGAACCCAGCCCAAGUGGGCCUUGUGGUGGUGUCCUCGUCAGAAGGACGCAACCUGCCUUACGGCCACUUGGAGGACAUUCUCAGCAGGGACCCCUCUGCCCUCAACUGCCACACCAAUGAUGACAAGCGCGCCUGGUUCUCUAUUGACCUGGGUGUCUGGAUCAUUCCCAACUGCUACACCUUGAGGCAUGCCAGGGGAUAUGGCAGGUCGGCGCUGCGCAACUGGCUGUUCCAGGUGUCCAAGGAUGGCUCCACGUGGACGACCCUGUGGAGCCACACGGACGACUGCUCCCUGAACGAGCCGGGUUCGACUGCCUCGUGGGCCCUGCCCGGCACGGCCGAGGAGACCCAGGGAUGGCGCCACGUGCGCAUCCAGCAGACGGGCAAGAACGCCUCCGGCCAGACCCACUACCUGUCCCUGUCGGGAUUCGAGAUCUACGGCACAGUGACGGGCAUCUGUGAUGACCUCGGCAAAGCAGCCAAGGAGGCCGAGGCCAACGUACGCCGUCAGCGCCGCCAGAUCAAGCAGAUGCUAAAGCUGAUGGUGAGCGGCGCUCGAGUGGUGCGUGGUCCCGACUGGAAGUGGCGCGACCAGGAUGGCAACCCUGCUGGCGAGGGCACUGUCACUGGAGAGCUCCACAAUGGCUGGAUUGACGUCACCUGGGACCACGGUGGCUCCAACUCAUACCGCAUGGGCGCCGAGGGCAAGUACGACCUGCGGCUAGCGCCGGGCUACGACCCAGACACGGCCGCGGCCUCGCGUGCAUCCUCGGCUUCGGGCAGACCAGCCAAGACUGUGACUACGGACAGCGUUGCUGCCCGGGGAAGCCUACCUGCCGCGGGCUGCUGCCUGACAAGCCGCAAGAGCUCGUCGGCGUCCAGUCUAGUCCCGGAUUCCUCCGCAGCUCCCCAAACAAUGGAGCAGCAGACGGCGGUGUCGGCGGAGAACCUGACCACAGUCAAGGCAGCUGCAGAGGCCAUGGCCGAGAACAUGCUCAUCCGCGCUCGCGCUGAAGCUGCGCUGGCUACGACGGGCUCGGAGCAAGAUCUUCCCGAGCUGCCGCUCGUGCCAGCCACUUCCAGUCAGCCCAGGGUGCUGCAGGCACCACUCAACAGCCUGUCACCAACGAUGGAAGACCCCGAGACGGAGGACUCGACAGCUCAGCCGCCCGCUUCAACAGCUGCCGUAACGUCAACUGCGACAUCAACGGGCCACAGCGUAAAGACGAGUGGUCGUCACCGCGACAGCGCCCUGUUGCACCACGGCCGCAUGGCUCCGUCUUCAGGAGGCGGCGCCGGUUCCGAGGCCAGCCGCACGGGCUCCUCGAACAGCAUGAGCGUGUCAGUGCCGAACCUGUCGCUGACACUGGGACACACCAACGAGUCCGUGGCCGGACUGCUCGAGACGUUCGCGGCCGUGAGGCGCGCGGGCAGCAGCAAUGCGGGAGGCGGUGCCUCCUCGGCGGGCAACGCGGCUGGAGCACUGCUUCCGCCGGCAGUGAGCGCAGCCGUGGCUGGCGGAGGCUCGCUCUUCUCACGAGGUUCUAACAAUGUCAGCUCGCUCGUCCGCUUGGCCCUCUCUUCCAACUUCCCAGAGGUGCUUGCCGACUUGCUCGGUGACAUAGCUGUCGGCAAUGAGGCCUCUUCUCAGCUUGGCAAUCAUCUGCCUGCUGGCGGGUUCCUGAGUACGGCUCAGAGCUAUCCGAGCCUGACCAGCACCACAACCACAGCAGGUGGCACAGUGGCCGGUGGUGCCGGUGGCGGCGGUGGCCUGACCGUUAGCCUGACCUCGAUGUCGAGCGAAAGCGAGCAGGACUUCUUGGAGACGUGCCGGGCCACGACGCUCAUGGCUGACCUGGAGGAUGACGACGACUUACCUGAUGAUGAUGACAAUGAGGACGACGAUGACAACGAGGAUGACGACGAUUACGAGGAUGUUGUGGAGGAAGAUGGCAUGGAGCUGCGCAGCGGCAAGCGGCGCAGCUGGGACGACGAGUUUGUGCUGAAGCGGCAGUUCUCGGCACUGAUUCCGGCGUUCGACCCCCGGCCGGGCCGCACCAACGUGAACCAGACCUCGGACUUGGAGAUUCCCCCGCCAGGUCGGUCCCCGCCCUCUUCCUCUGUCUUAUCCUCUCUGUCGCCCGUGCAGUCGCGCCGCAAGGUGCGCAACUGCGGGGGCACCGUUGUUGUGUCGUCCGCGAGCGGUCGCAGGCUGCCCCAUCUGCAGCAGCAGCACUCCCAUCACCACCACCACCACCACCAGCGGCACCACACGCAGGGACGAGAUUCACCGCGUGGCACGGACGAAACCAACGCCGAGGAAGUACGAGAAUCGACGCUUCAGCCACGCUUGCAGCUCACCCUCAGGGGACCCAACCUGCCCGGGGUUCCAGACCUGGAGGUGGACUUGGUGGACCCCGAAUGGACCAUCUUCCGUGCAGUACAACACAUGGUCCAGGCGUCCGAGAUGGGCUCCAAGCAGGACAAGAUCCGCCGCAUCUGGGAGCCCAUGUACAUAAUUGUCUACAAGGCAGCGAAAGAAGACUCUUCAUCAUCAAAGGAGGAGCUUCCGCGGCCAGUGCCCGUGGUGCGCCCCGCGUCGAGCUGCAAGGGCGGUUCGCGUGAAAGCGGCCUCUCCGCUUACUGCCCUGGCACGGGCUCUGCCUUGGAGGACGGAGGCUGCACUGUCGACGACGUGCUCCAGCUGCUCCGUCUUCUCAGCACCCACCGCAGCCGUGCCAACCACGGAUCCAUCGGCAUUGAAGAUAUCCUGAGCACAGUGACCAUGGAGGAUUUCCUCAGCAAGAAGAUCACCAACAAGCUAGUGCAGCAGAUACAGGAUCCCCUGGUGCUGUCAUCUGGUGCCCAGCCAGACUGGUGCGAGCACCUGACCUACAACUGUCCCAUGCUGUUCCCAUUUGAGACACGCCAGCUGUACUUCUCUUGCACGGCGUUCGGGGCAUCACGGUCUAUAGUGUGGCUUCAGAACCAGCGUGAUGCCAGCGCGGAGCGCCACCGUGGUCCUUCUCCGCGUCGAGAGGACCCCCACGAGUUCCGGGUGGGCCGCCUAAAGCACGAGCGGGUGAAGGUGCCCCGCGGAGACAAACUGCUCGACUGGGCCAUGCAAGUGAUGCGCCUGCACGCUCCACGCAAGACUGUGCUCGAGGUUGAGUUUCAGAACGAAGAAGGCACAGGCUUGGGCCCCACCCUGGAGUUCUACGCCCUGGUGGCCGAAGAGCUCCAACGACGGGACCUGGGCAUGUGGCUCUGCGAAGACAUACCCACGACCAACGACAAAAAGCCCGUGGCGGCAUCCUCGGACUCCCGCACCACCACCGAGCUGGGCGGCGAGAGCUCCAAGCCGCCGGGCUACUACAUCCACACGGCGUAUGGCCUGUUCCCGGCGCCCCUGCCCCAGGGCAGUUCCUGCACGGGCCGCGUGUGCGCCUCCUUCCACUUCCUGGGCAUCUUUCUGGCCAAGGCCCUGCAGGACGGCCGCCUGGUGGACCUGCCCCUGUCGCGCCCUUUCCUGCGCCUGCUCUGCCAGGGGCCCUCCAGCUCGCCCCUGUCCCAGUCGGCCACGGGAUUCCCGUCGCACCACGGUGGCCUGCCCAGUGCCGGCCACAUCGCGAGUGCAUCCGUGGCUCCAGGCCGCCAGACGGCCACUGCUAGGGAGCAAUCCAUCAACCAGAUGAACUCGCUGAUGACCAGAGACGAACUGGGUGGAGGAGGUGGCUGCAUGGCCGAGUCAGUGGCACCUGCGCGGAGGCCAUCUCAACAGCAGCAGCAACAACAGCAGCAACAACAGCAGCAGCAGCAGCAGCAUGCUUGGUUUAACGGAAUCCUCACGCACGACGACUUCAUGGAGGUGAACCCGCACCAGGCGCGUUUCCUGCAGCAGUUGCGUGAACUGUCGGCGCAGAAGCAGCACAUCCUCGGGGACAACUCUCUGAGCCCGGACGACAAGGCCCGGCAGCUGCACAACCUGGCCUUCCCCACACACGACGGCACGGGCAUGCCGACACGCGUAGAGGACCUCGGGCUGACCUUCCAGUUCUGCCCGUCGUCCAAGGUGUAUGGCUUUGACGCCGUCGAUCUGAAGCCAGGAGGCGAGCAGGAUGAGGUGACCCUCGACAAUAUCGAGGAGUACACCGAGCUUCUCGCCGAUUUCUGCCUGCACACGGGCAUCCGCCGGCAGAUGGAAGCCUUUCGAGCCGGCUUCUGCAAGGUUUUCCCCAUGGAGAAACUGGGUGCAUUCAGCUGCGAAGAAGUUCGGCUAAUGCUGUGUGGCGAGCAGAAUCCAGUCUGGAGCCGUGAGGAUGUGUUGAACUACACUGAGCCAAAGCUGGGUUACACCAGGGACAGCCCUGGUUUCCAGCGUUUUGUCAACGUCCUGGUUGACAUGACGGGAUCCGAGCGCAAGGCCUUCCUCCAGUUCACCACGGGCUGCUCGUCGCUGCCGCCUGGUGGCCUCGCCAACCUGCACCCGAGGCUCACUGUGGUGCGCAAGGUGGACGCCUCCGACGGCUCCUUCCCGUCGGUCAACACGUGCGCCCACUACCUCAAGCUACCCGACUACUCUUCCGAGGCCCUGCUCCGAGAGCGACUUCUCGCCGCCACCCGCGAAAAGGGAUUCCACCUCAACUGAGUGUGUGUGUAUGUGCGCGAGC